GUAUUUUCAUAUGAGCUGCAGUUGGUCUGUGGAAGAAUUUAAUGUUCUUUGUGAGGUGGACCAGAAGGACCAGGAGGGACCAGAAGGACCAGAUGGACCACAGAACCCCCCUCAUCUCCAGGAGGGGGAGGGAAGCUGCAGAACUCACUCACUUCCGUACCAUGUGACCCACCGGGGCCGCAGCUCAUUGGCUGAUCGCGCAUCCUCCGGGAUAAAUCCGCAUCAGCGGCCGGUGACCAGUGCACGGAGUCCGGUCGGAGGAGACCCGCUGACAUGACGGCGGACGUGGCGGUGUCUGUGUGGGUCCUCGCGGGGGUCGUGGCUCUAAGUGACGCGGGCCGGAGGUUGUUGCUUCGCGCCUCUGCGGACUGCGGCCGCGCGGCGUACGCGGUGGAGCUCGUGUCCACCUUCCAGCUCUGCUGCUGCACGCACGAGCUAAAGCUGCUGUCCGAGGUGGGCGGGGUGGAGCCGCGGCUCGCGCUCACCUUGACGUACCUGGCGUCCGUCGUGCACGGCUUCACCUUCCGCGGGGCCAUCGGGAACCCGACAGGUGCUCUCGAGCACGCGUACCGCGAGCGGCUGACGCGCGGCUGCGCCCUGAGGAGGAUCGCCUGCCAGUUCGCCGCCGCGGCCGCUGCACGAGCCGCGAUGCGGAUGGUGUGGGGGGUCGGUCUGUCCGCGCUGCACGUGCGCCACAAGGAUCUUGGGUACCAGUGCACGAGCCCCAUCCGCGCGUCCGUGCUGACCGCCACUGCAGUGGAGAUGAUGUGCGCGUUUGCGGUGCAGAGCGCGAUCACGCACACGAGGAGCGUGGAGGAGAAGUACCGCGUGCACGCGGUAGCAGCCGUCAUCACCACGGUGGUUUAUGCAGGUGGCCGUAUGACUGGAGCUGUGUUUAACCCCGCCGUGGCCUUCUCCACCCAGUUCCCCUGUGGUGGACACUCGUUUCUGGAGUACUGUGUGGUUUACUGGCUGGGUCCUCUGCUGGGGAUGAUGAUCUCCGUGGUGCUGUUGGACCGACUCGUUCCUCUGCUGGGGACGAAACCAGAACCACUCAUCGGGUUCAGAGAAGACGACAAGAAGAAGAAGAAGAGGAAGAAGCUGUGACGUUGACAUAAACGCAGAUGGACCGCAUGGGUUUGGGUUCAGGACGUAGAAGUUCACCUCAUGAGCACACUGGAACUAACAAAUACACCCGAACGCAUCACGUGGGACCAACUGAAGCACAACACGGUGAAGAACAUGAACUUCUAACACAGUCUGGAAACGUCACUGUAGAACUUCAGCCUGUUCACUGACAUUUAUUCAGGUUUCUCCGACAGAACAUCCUGAUAAUCCAAGAAAAAAGCCUGAAUAUUGGGAGCAUGAAGGCAAAAUGUGAAGAAAAAUAGUAGAAAAUGAUCAGAAAACUGUAUUACAAAAUAAAAUUCACAUAGUAUGAAACUAAAAUCAUAACAAUACACAACAGAUAGUAAUAUAUAACAGGAAAUCUGUUGAAAAAUCACUAAUGCAACAGUAAAUUUUAUCUAAAUUUAUUGAGUAAAACUGGUGAUGCUGCGUUUGGAUUGCCUGGGAAAUCUGACAACUCCUAAUAUUAGCCUGUUUUUUCUUGUAAUGUCAUGACUUAUUCCAGGUUUUCAGAGGCUUCAGCACCGUCUGGGAUCCAGUAUUUUCUCUGUAUAUUUUUAAUAGUUUUAUCCCACGUCUGUGUGCAGUUCGGUGAAGUUAGAACAGAUGUACGAUCCAAAACGCCGGCGGUCUAGUGGUGACAGUUCUGACCAAUGGAUCUGGGACACAUUGAGGCGGUUUUGAUGAGUGUGGUUGAGGUGAAACUGCACUGAAGCCACAAUGGUGAAGAAAACCCCGGUUUAUUUGGUAAAUCAAAGACAUUUCUUCAGACACAGAACUGACGGAACAUUCUCCAUGUGCAUGAUGCGUUCAGGUUCCGCAUGUGAAGUCAAAGCAAUAACAGACACUGAACUAAACGCUUUCCAUCCUCAUCAUCACAUGACGAAUUCACCUGCUGAAUGUUUGAGGCGUUCACAGUAUUAGUGUUAUUAUUAUGAUUACUAUUAGUAUUCAGGCUGUAUGUGACGUUCAGGAGCCGAGCACAGCGUAGGAAUCCACAGAACAUUUGUUUUACUGGUGCCUUGAAAGACACAACCUGCACAAACACUGAGUUCAACUGUGUCAUUUGUGUUGAAACUGAGACGACGCGAUGAAGCUGAGAAGCUGAAGCGUCACGUUUCAGAUGUUUUAAUUAAAGUCAUUUACGCCGA